UGCCUUACUUCUCUGAUCUUCCAACAGUACAGCAACGGGUUUAAUGACGAGUUUAAGAGAACCAUGCUAACAGUGAAAUUCCUAGCAAGGUAAAUCGAUAAAGGCAUCCCUCUCUGAGGUGUCAAAAAGACCGCUAUAUUAUAUGGAAUAUAACAAAUACCCAAUGUUCCCUGCGCCCACAGUGCACUGUACACUGCCUUUCUGUAUCGAGCUAUGUUCAAUGGAAUUGCUUGGUUCGGUUGACGUUGAGCAACAUAGUUCUGAACACGAAUUUGAUUUUGACGCAGAGAGAGAAAAAUUUUUGGUUAAGCGAAGGUUGUGGUGGCUAGACACAGAACUACAAAGAUGUGUUGAAACCAUAAUGUUGUAAGAGUAUUCCAAAGGGUUGUAGAUGCUCCUACAAUGGACAAAAUCCAAAAACCAGUUACAGCUAUGUGUGUUCGUUUCAAAGUUACAACUUGUCUGUAUCUGUGCCCGAGCAACAAGGCGAGAAGUCUGUCCACGCUUAUAGCGGUCAGUGUCAAUAAAGACACGUAACACAAAGUAGCACCUGAGAAAAAUAGUACCAGACUCGUGUAAUGGCAAAUAUCCCAUCUUCGGUUCACAACAGAAGUUAAGUAAGUCACAAACAAAGCCGGGCUCUGUAAUUAUACCAACACAGAGAUCAGUUAUGGCCAGGCUUAGAUACAGGAGUUUGGACGGCGGAUGAGGCGAAGUUUCCUUGUGCAGAGCAACUAGGAUCAGAGUGUUCCCCAGAAAUGCUGCAAUGGACAGGAAAACGUUUAGAACUGAAAGGAAGAUAAGUUCGCCAUCUAAACCUCUGAAUAGUUCAGCCGAGCAGUACAGUUCAACGACUUUUUUCUGAUUUUCAUCUUCGGUGAAAUUUGUCCGCAGUGCCAUGCAUACUCCUCUGAGACGCAAUGAACAGUACAUUUGAGUGUUUUAUAUGAAUUCUGAAUCGUAAUUUGGGUGAAAGCAGAGUUAUCUUUCAAGUCACGUCAACUAUUUACAAUUUGCAAAAAACAUUAACAUACAAAAAAGGGUUGAGCAAAGUUGUCUCGGUACUUUUUCAAUCUAACUGACGGAACUAUGAUGAGCCAGGUGUUAUGUCACAGGUGAAACCUAAACUGGCGGUUGAUUUAAAUAACCUUUUUUGUUGGCGGCGCAUUGCAUGGCAACGUGACAUAUCGCAGUAAUUUCAAGGAAAUUCCAAUAACUCAAGAUUUUUUAAGGUUUAAUGUAAGCUUUAGCCACCACUCCUUCCCAAUUAAAUUUUUCUAAGACAACGUUAUUGUAAUUAGGUGUAUUUGCUUUACGCACUGACCACGCAUGUUAAAAUGGCUGGAAAGAGAUAUCCACAUGUUUACAACAAUUAAGACUCAAUUAGGAUAACUUUUAAUUUUGGGUCCGUUAUGAUGAAAGGGAAAACGUACGAAAACAUCAUGACCAUCUUAGGGGAAGCAAUCCCUUCAUUUAUAUAUCACUCUUAUAUAAAAUGCAGGAUGUGAAUGAGGAGGAAUAACAUUCCUUCAUCUUUAAAGUUAAAUGUAAUUAGCCAAGGCUAGGUAUUGACGCUGGAAUUUUAUUUGCUAAUUCUUCAAUCUGUAAAGCAUCGCGAUCCUCUUUCUAACGAAAACAGAAGAGCUGAGUUUAAUUUUGUUCUUUGAGGUUAUCACAAGGAGAAGAGAGGUUUAGCAAAAGUAAAGAAGUUUUUCAAGCUGACGCUAACUUUACUUUUAUCACGGGGAGCCUGAUGAAAAAAAGGCGGUCACCGACGAUUGUAGUGAGUUUUCAGUAGUAAAGGAAGUCUAAUAGUCGGCAAACGCGUCAAACUGUGUCGGCGGCUGCGGCAAGUUUGGUGUCUGUUAUUAUAUCCUAACAUGUAACAUGAAUAACACUCGUUUCUUAUAUAUUACGGAUAUGUUAAUUCCCGCCGAUAUUAACACCUGGUAUUUUAACCCUGUUCAGACCUGAGAGGUCUUUGGAGAAAAUAGGUAUUUAAUAUUCCAUUUUCACCAAUUGGUUGCCGAUUAUCUCGACAGAGAACUAACUAGGUAAACGCACGCUGUUUUUAAUUAAAAGUUCUUAAUCCUUCUUGUUUCAUAACUGUUUAUAACCACCCCUUUUAACAAAAACAAGCGGGCAUAAACUGUCUUAUGAACCUGCAAAGAGACAGAAAACUAUUAAGAGGUGUCGUGCAAUUAGAUGAUCGACGUACAGUAUAAUAGCCAACGUGCGAUAUAUUAAAAAUCUAACAUGACUUCGAGGCUUUCCGGUCAUUUUUCUAUAUUUGGUUUGGUGUUCUUUGUUCUCAAAUCUCUCCUGGGAAUUGCGGGACAAUGGAGUGGUAAAACAAAACCCUGCAGUUUUGACCCUUAAGCCUCGGAGUCUCAAAGUCAUGUUAGAAUUUUAAUAUAUUGAACGUGGGCUUUUGUUCACUCUUAAAAGAACGAACUAUUACUGCCCACCUGCCUAUCUCUUACAGAGGGUACCGGAGGGGUUAUAGCCUCUGUGUUCAGAUAUUGGGACGACGACAUGAGGCUAGAAGAGGUUCGUCUAGAUCCAAAAAAUGAUCCACUGUAAACAAAGGCCUUCUAAUGCUUGCUAGCGUUUUCUAAGACCCUCCGUUUUUUCUGGAAAAAUUCAAAUGUUAGUGACUGUGUAAUUAAUGCUCAGGAAAUUAGUUAUUAAAUAGGGUGACCCUUCAUCUUAAAUUAAACAUUUUUUUAAAAAAAGGAAUUGCCUCAUAUUACAUUUUGAAAAAAAAAGCGGUUUUUGCGCCUCAAUUAUUUUUUACUUUACUGAUCAGAAGUUUUGACGGAUGUUUCAAAUUUUAUAGCAGCUCAGUACCGGUACAAGCCGCGGGGAAGAGAGCUGUACUUCCUUUGAUGGGGGAUGCCCUCCAAGCAUUUUCUUCUCCGUUUAAACCCGCAAAUAAACAACUGAGGAAGCUAAGC